AUGCCCAGUCUAUCCAGCAAACCCCAGUGUCAAUGGAUGGAGGAUUGGAGCAGAACCAGCUUGCAAGGUUCGACAGGUUAUUCCCAAAAGCCCAACCUCAUCCUUGUUGAUAACACCCCAGUAUCCCUUGACAAGAUUAUGUGGUUAAGUCCCAAAGUCAUCACCAAGUACUCAAAGGAGUCUUUCAAGCCAGCAUCCCACCUUGGGAAGAUGAUGGACACUAAGGCAUAUCUAACCCUCAUCGACCAGCCCUGGAAGCACUAUGUCCUUGGAUUAUCAAUUACUGAUAGUGAACUUCUUCGACUUCACUUUUACGACCACUCUGGUGGUGCAAUCUCACCCUCUAUCAAUAUCCACACUGACACAGAAGUCUUCAUAUACAUUGAUUAUUGGGUGGAGGAGUCAGAGCAGAGGACAGCCCUGCAUGAAGUCAACAUGAUGAAGCUGGUCCAGGAAAUCAACAGAGUUCCCAAGUUGCAACACUACUGGGUCAUUGAGGUUGAGCCAGGCAUUGUUGAUAAAACUGAACAAUAUCAUGGAUGA